AAUAGUUCUCACACUAAUUUUUAAUUUAAUUUGAUUGAAUUGCUCUCUCUUUCUCUCUUUCAUUUCAUGUAACUGAAAACCUCACCCAUCUCUGCUGUGUGGGUAGGUUGCUCCCUUCUUCACUCUCUCUUUUUAGGUUUUCAUUUUCUCUCCGAUCUUUCUCCGUCACCGUCUCCGGCAACCACUUUUUCUCACUUUUCUCUAUCUAGGUCAGCUUUCUCUCUCUCUCUCUCUCUCUCUCUCUCUCUCUCUCUCUCUAUCGUUUUUUAUUUUCUGAAUCUCUAAUUUAUGCACGUGAAUCCCACGAUUUGCAUGACCUCAAUUCAUGGGACACAAAAAGCGAAACUCUGUUCCACGUUCCAAACUAUCGCCGGCGGCUUCUCCGGUGGCUCAACCCCCCAUCGGCGGAGCCGCCAAUGGUUCUACUUCACCCGACGCCGAUUCAAUUAUUCUCUUCGAUCAAAAUCUCACUAACCCUAGCAAGAUCGAAUUAGUUUCUCCUCAAUCUGAGGGUUCCGAUUUCUCUGCAAUUAAGGUAGAAUGUGAGCGAGCCCUAACCACGUUUCGUCGUGGGAAUCAUAAUAGAGCAAUGAAGCUUAUGAAGGAGUUGUGCUUGAAGGAGGAUGGUUCACCUUACUCCGCUUUCGUUUAUCGAAUUCAUGGGUUUAUAUGUUUCAAAGUGGCUUCCAUUAUUACUGAUUGUAGUGCUAAACAGCGGCAUUUGAAGCAUGCUGUUGAAUCGGCGCGGAGAGCUGUUGAGCUUUCGCCGAAUUCGAUUGAGUAUGCACAUUUUCAUGCCACUGUGAUGUUGGAAGCAGCCACUGAGGGGAAGGAUUAUGAGGAUGUGGUGCACGAGUGUGAGAGAGGGCUUGCUAUUGAGAACCCGAAUGAUCCUGCUAAGGAGACAUUGCAGGAUGAGAGCGAACAGAAAGUGUCUAGUUUGGAAGAUCGGAUAUUACAUGUCCAGGCUGAGUUGAGGCAGCUGAUUCAGAAGUCAAACAUAGCUUCAUUGUCGUCUUGGAUGAAAAAUCUGAGUAAUGGGGAAGAGAGGUUUCGGUUGAUUCCUAUAAGGAGGGCUACGGAGGACCCUAUGGAGGUUAGGUUGGUUCAGACUAGAAGGCCAAAUGAGAUUAAGAAGGUGACCAAGACUCCCGAGGAAAGAAGAAAAGAGAUUGAAGUAAGGGUAGCUGCUGCAAGGCUGUUGCAGCAGCAGUCGGAGUCACCCCAGUCCCCAAAUGAAGGAGAUAGGGAUGACAGAGCAUUGGAUGUGUCUUCAGGGUCUAAUCAGAGAAUAGGUGAGAGGCGAAGGCAUGUGAGAAACAAUGGCUCUUCAGCCGAAAGGAGAAAGUGGGUGCUAACUUAUUGGGAUUCACUGAGUAUGGAUGUGAAGAAGGACUGGCUUAGGAUUAAAAUAUCUGAUAUCAUGUCCCACUUUGGCUCUACAAAGGAUACUUUACCGAAAGAUGUUUUAUCAGAAGCUCUGUUUUAUGCUGAAGCCAAUAAGACAUGGAAAUUUUGGAAUUGUGGCAUUUGUGCUGAGAAAUUUCCCAAUCAGGAAUUUCAUAGGCAGCAUGUUAUGCAUGUGCACCUUCAGACUCUGUCGCCAAAAAUGCAGAGACUUUUGCCUCAACAUGUCGACAAUGAAUGGAUUGAGAUGAUUCUUAAUUGUUCUUGGAAGCCUUUGGAUGUCUCAGCUGCAGUUAAAAUGAUUGACUAUAAAGCAAAACUGAAAGGUCCAUCUCUUCCAGAGGAUUAUCUUACUCAGGACUACGAUGAUUGUUUUAAAGAUGAUUCAAGCAGCUCUUACCACGAAAAGGAAAGUUUAGGGUACAGUAUUGGCAAUUGUACGACCGAAAGCAGUAAGUACUAUAAAAAUGCUGAAAGUGAUGCCAAAGAAGGCAUUGAGGACCAACAGUUUAUGGCAAAUCCCGUUACUGAUUGUUGGCCAGUAUCUGAUGACAAGGAGCGUGCAAAACUUCUAGAGAAAAUCCAUGGAGUAUUUGAGAUACUUAUCAGACACAAAUGUCUUGCUGCUAGUCAUCUUCACAAAGUCAUACAAUUUAGUAUGGGUGAGAUCCAGGGUCUUGCUGCUGGUUCUGAACUUCUAAAACAUGAUGUAGACCAAACACCAAUGUGUAUAUGCUUUCUGGGAGCUUCACAACUUAAGAAAAUUCUCCAGUUUCUGCAGGAAAUGUCUCAUGCUUGUGGGUUGGGUAGAUAUUCUGAUAAAAGUAGUAGUCCCAAGAAUGAUUUGAAUGAUAUUAGUCAAGGUCCUGAAAUUAAAGAUAAAAUUGUUCUCAAUGGAGAUGCAUCAUGCCUUCUCUUGGAUGAGUGUCUACUGCCAACACAAGUCACUCCUGGUACACCCCAGGAGGCUGUCUUCGAGGACAUGGUCACCCCUAGUUCUCCUGAUGGAAUUUCAGACAAUAGUGGUGCUUGGCUGUCCUGGCUAUAUUCAAGUCGGCCUAUUGGGGAUCAGUUGACGUCAUGGAUUCGGACCAAAGAAGAUAAAACAUGUCAAGGACAAGAAAUGGUCCGGACACUUGACAAGGAGUUUUAUCAAUUACAUAGCCUGUGCCAGAAGAAGUGUGACCGUAUAAGUUAUGAGGAAGCACUACAGACAAUAGAGGAUCUUUGUCUUGAAGAAGGUAAGAAGAGGGAAAAUGUGGGAGAAUUUGUGCAGCGAAGCUAUGAGUCUGUCUUAAAAAGGCGGAGAGAAGAGCUUGCUGAGAGUGAGAAUGAAAUGAUGUAUGCUGGCAAUAGGUUUGAGAUGGAUUGUAUAUCAAAUGUUUUGCAAGAAGCAGAAGCGAUGAAUGUUAAUCAAUUUGGCUAUGAGGAAACAUAUACCGGUGUGACUUCUCAGUUAUGUGACUUGGAAUCCGGUGAAGAUGAUGAAUGGAGAAUGAAGGACUGCUUGCACCAAAUGGAUGGCUGUAUAGAAAUUGCUAUUCAGAAACUGAAAGAGCACUCGUCUAUAGAGAUUAGCAAAGUCGAUGCUGAAAUAAUUAAAUGUGUUUCAGAGGUGCAGCAAUUGGAACUCAAGCUUGGGCACAUUUCUGCCAAUGAUUAUCGAGCAAUAAUAGUGCCUCUAGUGAAGUCGUACCUAAAGACACUUUUGGAAGAUUUGGCUGAGAAAGAUGCAAGGGAGAAAUCUGAUGCUGCAGGUGAAGCAUUUUUGGCUGAACUUGCUCUUGAUUCCAAGAAGAUUAGCAAAGGGGGAAAUGAGAACACAAGACAUGUGGAGAAGACAAAGGAUAAGAAGAAGAAUAAAGAUCACAGGAAAACAAGAGAUUUGAAGGGCACAAGUGGUUCUAUGUAUCCCUUGCUCCAGUCUACAACUCUUGAUUCUGAUCUGGUAUCACCUGAUAGUGACUUUCAAGAUCAUGAGGUUGUUUCUAUGAAUGAGGAUGAUUUGGAACACCACGAAGAGGAAUUUAGACGUAAAAUUGAGCUUGAAGAGGAGGAAAAAAAGCUUGAAGAAACUUUGGAACUUCAACGGAGGAUUGAAAAUGAGGCCAAACAGAAGCACCUUGCUGAGCAACAGAAGAAAUUAUCUGGUACUUGUGUAGAGGAAGUGACAGAUAAACGUCAAGAUUGUCAAUUGAAGCCUGUUGCUGAUGGUUCAGAUGCACAAGAACAUAGAAGACUACCUAUGCAGGAACAGCUGGCAAAGGAGAAUGGGUGCCCAAAUAAUCUGGAUGUUGUGCUUAAUACCACAUCAAAUGGUUCCAUGAUGCCGACUAAAUCUUCAGCUGAUUCAGAUUCCCCAAAAAUUAAUCAUUCGCAUCAGUCAAAAGUUAAACAAGAUAUACCCAAUGGAAUUGUUCCAGAGAAUGGUCUACCUUUGCCUGAUCGACGUGCAGGAAAAAAACAUAAGCGGAAUAAGAAUUCGUCUAAAAUGGUUGAUGGAAAGUUGGAAUAUGUUUCAUUGGAGAAUGAGAAUAUUGAGGAUGCACACAAUGACUAUCACUUGAGAGAGCAGUCUAAAUUUCAUAACAAUCAAGAGGCUAAACACUUGUUGGAAAACAAUGGAGCAAAGGUGAUGAAAGAAUCACCAGUGGAAGAUGAGGAGGAGGAAAGAUUCCAAGCUGAUCUUAAAAUGGCUGUACGCCAAAGCCUAGACACGUAUCAAGCACGUGGAAAUUUGCCGUUGGCUUCAAGUAUGAGAAUACCACAGAGAUCUUCCUCCCAAGUAGACCAUUUAGGUAUUGCAUCUUUGGAAGACUCAACUCCGGAUGUAAAUGGAGCUAGUUUACUUGGUACGGGACUGAGGAAUGAAGUGGGUGAAUAUAAUUGUUUUCUCAAUGUUAUUAUUCAGUCAUUAUGGCAUUUAAGACGCUUUCGGGUGGAAUUUCUUGCCAGAUCAAGAUCAGAGCAUGAUCAUGUGGGUAAUCCCUGUGUUGUCUGUGCCUUGUAUGAAAUAUUUACUGCUCUAGACCUUGCUUCAAAGGAUUCAAGGAGAGAAGCAGUUGCACCUACUUCCCUGCGGAUAGCUCUAAGCAACCUAUAUCCACAUAGUAACUUCUUCCAGGAGGCUCAGAUGAAUGAUGCUUCUGAGGUACUGGCAGUGAUAUUUGACUGCCUUCAUCAAUCAUUUACUCGCGGUUCAGGUGUUUCUGAUGCAAAAACAGUGGAAAGCAAGGUCAUGGGGUCUUGGGAUUGUGCAGCUGGUAGUUGUAUAGCACAUUCACUUUUUGGAAUGGACAUUUUUGAACAAAUGAAUUGCUACCAUUGUGGUCUUGAGUCCAGACAUUUGAAGUAUACUUCCUUCUUUCACAAUAUAAAUGCCAAUGCCCUCAGGACAAUGAAGGCUACGUUUCCCGAAAGCUCCCUUGACAAGCUUUUGAAUCUUGUGGAGAGGAACCAUCAAUUGGCUUGUGAUCAAGAAGUUGGUGGCUGUGGCAAGCUCAACCACAUCCAUCACUUUCUUUCAACCCCACCCCAUGUUUUUAUGACAGUUCUAGGUUGGCAAAAUACAUGCGAGAGUGCUGAUGAUAUAACUGCAACUCUGGCAGCCCUGAGCACCAAGAUAAAUAUCAGUGUUCUUUAUCGCGGUUUAGAUCCUAAAAGUACCCAUAACUUGGUUUCGGUGGUUUGCUACUAUGGCCAGCAUUAUCAUUGCUUUGCUUAUAGUCAUGAUCACGGCCAAUGGAUUAUGUAUGAUGACAAGACUGUUAAGAUAAUUGGUGGAUGGGCUGAUGUGCUGACUAUGUGUGAGAGAGGGCAUCUACAGCCUCAGGUUCUCUUCUUUGAAGCUGUAAACUAGAUUUCUGGUGGGAACUCAUAACAUCAUUUGCUGGACCGAAGAAUGUUUAGUUUGACAAAUUUUGGCAUCAAAUUGGUUUCUGGUGUGGCCCUGUUUAGUCUGAUGUGAUGCAUUACACAGAAAUGGUUUAUAAGUUACAAGUUUCACUGAUGUCCAACAAGUUUUGCCGUACAUACCUCGGGAUAUACAGUGUUUUAAAUUUUGUGAUACAGUUCAUGGUUUUGAUAGGAACAGAUUCUCAGGGGUAGUGGGGGGGAUGAUGACGAAUAUAUAUUUAGUGUAGCUGGAUGGCUUGGAAGAAAGCAGAGAGUGGUGUUUGGCACUGAGCAUUGCCCAACACAGUUGAUUCGUUUUGAGAAUAUCAGAUUAAUUUUUUGUAUCCAUCCAAUAAGCAGGUUUUGGUAUUGCUAGAAGAACUUCAAGUUGACCAGCAAUCUGUAAGAAGAUCUUAGACUGUAUUAGAUGAAAAUAAUUGCCCAUUAUUCUCAGGUAACUUAUAUCAAUUUGUGUGAGGGGAAUUUGUUCUUCAGUUGAGGAAAUUUCUCUCCCACCCCUUCCAACCCCCAAACAGAAAAAAAGAUGAUCUGUAUAGUUCUUACACAAUUAGAUUUGUUGCAGUGUCAGCUUGUUGCAACUACGGCUGAAAACGGAGUGUCAAAUACUGAUCUACUGGACAAUUUUUCUCCCUUUCAAGAUACCUGUGAUGGAAAGUGCUGCAUGGCUGGCUUUGUGCCUCAGUAAAUAGAGGAGAUUCCAUCCUUUGGAUUCACAACACUGUACCUUAUUUUGCUUAUUUUUUUGUGGUAGGGUGAGGGUAGAGAGGUAUGAUAUCCUUGAAUUGGGUAUGAAUGAACUAAUGAUACCAAAUUAUAGUUGCAGGUAUUAACUGUAGCUCUGUGUGAGUGAAAAGCUGAAAGUUUUUGGCACAAUUUUGUCCUACACUUUUUGGAAUAGUGAUAUGGAUUAUGUUAUACUUAAUUCUUCUAUAUAUAUAAUAUUGAUACAAAA